AUGAACAUUUUGUAAGCUCUGCAUUCGUUCUCUACUUCCUUCCAGAAAGGUUGCAUCCCCUAGCAAGGCGUGAGGGAUCCUUCUAUCACAAUCCAAACCCAGGUCAUUUAUUAUUAUUUCUACUUGUUUUUAAGAUAUCGGGGCUUACAACAGGACGAAGGAAUCUGCCCUAUUGCAUCCGGCCAAGGCUCUCAGCAGGAACCGGCUUUUCCCCAAACCCUCCCUUCCUUCUAGGCCCCAAGCUCACAACUCGCGCCCUGCGGGCUGCGCUGUGCGGCUGCGCGCCUGAGCCCCCGACGCCCCCGGUUGCCUUGGGAACCGCACGCCCAGCCGUAAGAGGUGCAGAAACCAGGCCAUGGAGCUCCCGGAGCCGGUCCGCCAGCGGCUGGGAAACUUCAGUCGGACCAUGUUCAGGGACUCCAACCGGACCGAGCCCGAGUACAGCGAAGGUCCGGAUAAUGAAGUGGUUUCCAGUUUAGCAUUGCAGAUGUCACUUUAUUUUAAUGCUUACUUUUUCCCACUUUGGUGGGUGAGCAGCAUUAUGAUGCUUCGAAUAAAAUAUCCAAUUUUGCCUGAUUACUACAAAUUCAUUGUGGUCACUGUUAUCAUCCUCAUAACCUUAAUUGAAGCUAUCAGGCUGUAUCUGGGCUACAUGGGUAACCUCCAGGAAAAGGUUCCUGAAUUAGCUGGCUUUUGGCUUUUGAGCCUUCUAUUGCAGUUGCCUUUAAUUCUUUUCUUGCUCUUUAAUGAAGGCCUAACAAGUCUGCCCUUGGAAAAAGCGAUACACAUUGUCUUCACUAUGUUCCUUACUUUCCAAGUUGUUUCAGCAUUUCUUACCUUGAGGAAAAUGGUAAAUCAGUUGGCAACUCGUUUCCACCUCCAAGACUUUGACCGGCUCUCUGCGAAUAGAGGAGGCAUGAGAACAAUGAGAUCCUGUUUAGAAGAGAUUUGACCCAGUGCUGUGUAGUGAAAAUCUGAAAGCUCAUUCUAGAAGACUGCGAGUUAGGAAAACAUCAGAGAUGUAGCAUGAGAAAAA